CGGCCGCGUCGGUAGUGGGGCGGUAGGUGUCGCGGCGGCGGUGGCUGCGGUGGCUGCGAUGCUGCAGCUGCGGGACUCCGUGGACUCGGCGGGCACGAGCCCCACGGCGCUGCUGGCGGCCAGCGAGGAGGGCGGCGGCGGCGGCGGCGGAGGCAGGCGGCCUGGAGCGGGCACGCCGCUGCGCCAGACGCUGUGGCCGCUCAGCGUCCACGACCCCACGCGUCGCGCCCGUGUCAAGGAGUACUUCGUGUUUCGGCCCGGCACCAUCGAGCAGGCUGUGGAGGAGAUCAGCGCCGUGGUGCGGCCGGUGGAGGAUGGCGAUAUCCAGGGCGUGUGGCUGCUGACCGAGGUGGAUCACUGGAACAACGAGAAGGAGCGGCUGGUGCUCAUCACCGACCAGGCGCUGCUCAUCUGCAAGUACGACUUUAUCGGCUUGCGGUGCCAGCAGGUGGUCAGGGCCGCCCUCAGCGCGGUGGACACCAUCUCCUUCGGGGAGUUCCAGUUUCCCCCGAAGUCGCUCAACAAGCGAGAAGGUCUUGGAAUUCGCAUUCAGUGGGACAAGCAGAGUCGCCCCUCCUUCAUAAACAGAUGGAACCCCUGGUCCACCAAUGUGCCCUAUGCCACAUUCAUAGAGCACCCAAUGGCCGGUGCGGAUGAGAAGACAGCCUCUUUGUGCCAGUUGGAAAGCUUCAAAACUCUGCUAAUCCAAGCUGUGAAGAAAGCCCAGAAAGAAAGUCCCUUACCGGGACUAGCCAACAGUGUGCUGGUCUUGGAGCGCCCCCUCCUCAUUGAGACCUACGUGGGACUGAUGUCCUUCAUUAACAACGAGGCUAAAUUAGGCUAUUCCAUGACCAGAGGCAAAAUAGGCUUUUAGAGACGCACUCCAGUCCCUUCCCAGGAAAGCAGGCAGAUGUGGGGACUCCUGGGGCGUCAUACCUCGGCCAGCUCUGCUGCUGCCACUGGAUCUGAGCGCAACUAGAAGUCACAAGAGGUACCGCUGUGGCUGGAUGCUGGACAUCGGUAAUCCGAGCAACAGGCAAAGCAGAGUGAGCCUGGCUAUCACUGUACUGCCUGGUAUUCCGUACCCUACGGCUGCAGUUUCCGUGAUUUUCCUGGAGUGUGUCCCUUUGCUUCUCGUGGUCCCUGCCUCCAGCCUUUUAGCAUGUUAAUAUUGUGUGGUUCCAAUAUAAAUGUCCCUGUUAGCACCUCAGCUGUGUAGAUGUGACAUCCAGGGAGGUGCCUAAUGCCCCACUGCCUGUAGUUGCACAUACAUUUAUACUUGGUGUCAAAUUUUGUAUUUUGAAAUUUAAUCCAUUUUUUUAAAGCUAAGUGCAAGGGAAGCCAGCAGACUGGUAAACUAAGCGGAGACAGUCUGCCUUGUCAGCGCCUAAAUGAACAGUUGCUUUUGUGUAAAUAUAUUUGCCUUAAAGUUACACUUUUUCUAAAAUCAAUCUGUAUUGUGUUACUACUUAACAGCAUCUUUCUCAGGCCCAAAAGGGCUUGCAGGAAAUCAUUUUAGGACAUUGAUUUGAGAAAGUCCCCUUGACAGUUCUUUGCACAGAAUUUUGACAACUCUAUGUAUUCUGAGUUUGUAUUUAUGUGUCAUAUUUGUAUUUAAAAGGGAAUUGCUUAAUUUGCUUUUAAAGAACUUCCUUUAAAAGAAGGAACCAUAUUAGAUCCUCAUGAAGUUGCUAGUGCCCGCCUGGGAUGCUGCAGCUUCCACAGAUACGAGGCCGUCAGACUUGCCCUGAACAAGCCUGAGUCCUCCACAUUGGAAGCAUUUCCAGGCGGGGGCCAUAGCCUGCUGCUCUGUACCCGUCCUUGCCUUGUGGGUUUGACCUGAACCAUUUAUUGACCAACUUUUAACUGCUGGCUCAUGGGUUUCUUGUUCUUAUAUACAACCUUGGUGUAGCUUUCACUGGCAUGGGUGUGAUCCAAAUGCAGUAGCCUGUCCAAAUUGAAAGGCUGCCUCAAAAUUUGCUUGGGUCUUAAGCCUCUGCUUUUGGUCAUAGUAAAGACAUUUAGAAUUGA